GUCCAACUCCAACGAAAUCCGUCAGUAAUGAAUGGAACGCGCUCGGCGCAACACCUAUAAGACAUCGCAUCUCGCAGCUCGGCGCGCUGACCAACGAGGAAAUCAACGCUCGUGACCUUUGAGUGACCCCCUGAGUGAUGGCGUCAGGUGCGUUCGUGGCCCUGACCGCGGCCCUACUGGUGCUUCGGGCGCAGGCCUUCAACAUUGACACGGACUUUGCCACCGUGAUUCGCAAUCCGCACAGGCCGUCGGACAAUUAUUUUGGUUUUAGUGUUGCCCUCCGAAGGGCACUGCCCGGCACGGCGUGGAACUCUUGGCUGCUGGUCGGCGCUCCCAGGGCCAACUCGACUUUCCCUCAGCAAGUGGAUCUACAAGAGCCAGGUGUUGUUUUCGAAUGCCGCCUUCAGGACGGACAGCUUGAGAACCAAUGCAGCACUCUGCCCUUUGACCCCACAGGCAACGACCGUGAAGUCCGUUCAAACGGCUUGAGUUUUCAUCACAAAAAGGAUCACGCAUGGCUUGGCUCCACAAUUGCUGUUGAGGAUGAGCCUAAUGGGCGGACAGUGAUUUGCGGCCCGAGAUGGGUGAACCAAUAUUAUUCAGACGUUUACUUAAUGAACGGCGUGUGCUAUUGGUACGACCGUGGAAGCUACAUGGUCAACGCAGCGCAAAUUCUGACGCCUCUCAUCGAGAAGAACAAGCAGGCAUUCAACACUCCAUCGGAGACGCCAGGGUUGCCGGGCACCAAAGUGUUCAACUAUGCCUACGGAGGGGCUGGAAUUUCAGCGCAAUUUGUCAAGUCAAAUAACAGGUCUGAGCUAAUAAUCGGUGCUCCUGGAGUGUUCGACGGGAAAGGCACGCUCGUGCGAUAUCGUUCCUUGGAGAACGACGCGCAGCAGACGACCACAUACCAAGUGCCGGAUAUUCCGAGCCCAAAGGACGUGAAGUCUAUUCCUUACCUUGGAUAUUUAGGUUAUUCGGUUGACGCUGCGCAAUUCUUUCCGGGUGAUUCAAGCGCGUACUACGUGUCAGGGGCGCCAAGAGUCAACUACAGAGGAAAAGUACUGCUGUACUCAGUGACCGACUCAGACUUGCAUGUGCUUUACGAGCUUGAAGGCCACCAAAUGGGUGAAUACUUUGGCGCAAGUCUCUGCAUCGCUGACGUCACCGGCGAUGGACAGCCCGACCUCAUUGUCGGAGCCCCGCAGCAUUCUCUGCCCGCCCUCAGCUCUGCUGACUAUUCUCAGGGCGAUGAAGGAAGAAUUUACGUCUUCAUCAACGAGUUUGUGUCAAGGAGACAGGGCUCUUUCCGCACGAUGGGCAACAAGUUCCAGCUGAUGGGCUCGAAGAAAGCAGGAGCCCGAUUCGGCACAACCGUCGUCUCACUUGGUGACAUCAAUCUCGACGGCUAUGAUGAUGUUGCUGUCGGAGCGCCGUACGAGGAUGAGAACCGCGGAGUGGUCUACGUCUAUCACGGCCGUAAAUUCGGUCUGGAGCCAAUUGCUGCGCAGAGGAUCGCCGCCCGCGACGUCGACAACAGCAUCCUUGGCUUCGGCAUGAGCAUCACUAAAGGCACCGACAUCGACGAGAACCAUUAUCCGGAUUUCGCCGUCGGAGCGUACACGUCGGGGCACGCUGUCGUGUUCAGGUCACACCCUGUCGUUGUUUUUAAUGGAAACAUCAGGCCGAGCGUGGAAAGGAUCAGUUUCAACGCAACUGAGUUCAAAGCGAACGCCUGCGUCUCCUUCAACGGCAACAAGGCACCCAAGUUCAUAGAUGCGAAAAUCACCGUCAAUGCUGAUCCUACUUUCAAAAGAGCUGUCUUUGUGACAUCGAAUGGAAAGACUAAUUCGUUCAGCUUCACCACAAGGCUUAAAUUGCAGACACCUGUGUGCCAGGAGCUUAAUGUUGAAAUUAUCAAGACCUCAAACCAGGACUUCUCCAAGCCAAUCGACUUGCAGAUAAUCUCCGAGAUCGACAACUCGAAAGUGCGGACGCGUCGCAAGAGGCAAACCGGAGGCCGAUUCUGCAAGAGCUGCGCCAUAAUCGAUCCCAACAGCCUGGCCACCGUGACGGCGCGAGUGCCGUAUUCCACAGGCUGCAAGAGGGACGAUGUCUGCGAGACAGACCUCAAGAUCAAAUCAAAACUCGGCCAAAAUACUCCUGUGGCGAUCGGAUCAGUGAAACGAUUGGAGGUGGAAGUGCAGAUUGAGAACUCUGGAGAACCUGCAUUCCUUGCGCAGGUGACCAUUCAGCUGCCUCCGAAUGCACCUUUGGCCAGAGUGCCCAAAAACUGUUUGGAGGGCAGAGGCAAGAAUGAAAACACGCUCAGCUGUGAUAUUGGAAACCCCCUGCCAGCCAAGUCAAUGGCGAAAAUUCCGCUCGAGCUGGAGUUUGAAAACAUAGCUCCUGGCACGAAGAGUUUGACUCUGAUAAUCAAUUCAACGAGCGCCGGCGAUGACCUCAAUUUGGCGGACAAUUUCAAGAACCUGACCAUUCCCCUAGUAACUGAGGCUGACAUUUCAGUUUCAGGGAAAUCUUUGAUGUCAAACUAUUUUAUUGACUGGCACAAUGAAAGUGCAAGCUCUGACAUCACUUCUUUCCAUCACGUCUAUGAGGUGUUCAACUACGGGCCAAGUCCUGUUGACAAAGUCAAGAUCACAAUGGCCAUCCCAUACAAAAUCAGCACCAAAAGAAAAGAAGUGACCUUCUUGGAAGUCAUGCAGCCAAGGGCUUCCUUGGACGGCGAAGAUUUCCUUUGUUCGAUGACCGGAGGCACUUACUCCGACUUAUCGUCCAGGAGAUCAAGAAGGUCAACCAAGGAGAUGGCACUGGGCUACGAAGGUCACCUGCCGGCAAACCGCACUCUCUUCAUCAACUGCACCGACGCUCAGGAGGUGCAGUGCAUGGUCAUCGAGUGCCUUAUUGGGCCGCUCAAAGGACCCAACAACCCGGCAAUAAUCUCAUUCUAUCUUCGUGCAGACAUCAAAAAAUUAGGUAGUUUAUUAGAAGACAAAGAUGUGGUUUCCUUCGUGUCUGGAGGAAUGGCCACCUUGUUGCCCGGCUCGAUGGCCACGCAGCCUGAAAACGACAGGCCGGACAGCCACGUCAUCCACACGGUGUUUCUGGGCAAGAUACAAGAGAAAGGAAUUCCGUCGUGGAUGAUUGCACUUGCCAUUAUUCUCGGCAUACUCAUCUUGCUGCUCAUUGUUCUCGCUUUGGUCAAGCUUGGAUUCUUCAAGAGAGACAAGAAAGACGAGCUUGAAGCGUUGAAGAACAAAAAAUUGUUGGAGGAUGAAUUCGGUCCAGACCUGGACUAAUCUCUUGAUGCUCAAUCGGAAGCACACUGCCUUCAUCGCGUUCCUAGUCAAUUUACAUUGUACAUAUACAUAUUUUGAUUAAUUUCAUAAGUUUUAUGCGAAACCUUUAGAUUUAAGAAGCUAUAAUGCUCAGAUUUUUAUAAAUCUGUUAUUCAAGUGUACGCAAUCAUUUACAGAUAAGAGAUACAAAAUAGCGGCCAUGAAUUUUACAGUGUCAUACUAUUAUGUUGUGUAUUUUUGCUCCCGUGUGGGACAAGAAACGACAAUCAUCGCCACGUCCAAGGACGAAACUUGUGUACUAUUUCAAAGUGCCAAAAGUGCUUUUCUCAUCAACUGUGUGUAGGUGGUAAUUAUAAACUCGUUUGAGAUGAUAAGUCGGGCGUCAUCAUACUAUAUUACAUUUUUGAGUAUUUGUAAAAUAAAUGUGACAAAUAAAAUUGUUAAGAAACAAAA